GAUUAAGGCUAAAUUUCAAGAAUUCAACCUAUGGGACAGGGUGAGGGAAUCCCUUUCAAACAGUUUUUUGAGAGAGAGCCUAUACAAUUUUUAGGAGCAUUUUUUCAUCAGUUGAUGCUUCACAAAAUCAAAUCUGACAAGCCGGACGAGGUACAUUUUUAUGUGGGAAGGGAGAGAUGUAGAUUUGGUAGGGUGGAGUUUGGCUUGGUGAUCGGGUUAAACUUGUUGCCCGGCCCUACUGAGGAAGACAUCAAAGAGAAAGAAAAUUCUGACCGGUUGAUUAUGGAAUAUUUCAACGGUAAUCCUUCGAUCAGCUUCGGCCAACUGCGCAGAGUUUUUGAGAGCUGCAGAGAAGUUGAUGAUGUCUACAAGUUGGGGAUCUACAAGAAAAAUGCUUUCCUUAACAUAUGAAUAUAACUCAUUUUAAAAACUGUUAUACUAGCUAAGACAAGCAUUAAUUUUGUACAAUAGUUAAUGAGUUUUAGAAAAUAUUAUAGUAGCUCAAAUAGAAAAUUAGGCGAGGGUAUAUUUUUUUAGAAAGCCCGCUAAGAAAUAGGCGGGUGGUCAUAUAACUCACCAAAUAAAAAGUAUCAUUUUCUUUAUAAUUCUCUAUGACUCUCUUCUUUUGUAUAUAUAACUCACGAAAUACAUUUUAUUUUUUUAUGGAAGCAUAUAUAUCUCUCUUUCUAUAGUCUAUUGUCUAUUCUAUUGAACUCUUCUAUUUGAGUUCUUCCUUCAUUCAUCCACCCCAAUCCCUUGAGAUUUGAAAUCCUCCUCUGUUCGUGAGAUCUGAGAUUGACCAGAACAAUUGACCCAGAAAGGCUGCAAUUGUUCCUCAGCCAUUUGUUGUUGUUCUCAUUAAUGUUUACAAAACCUAAUUUUUUAGGAAAAUAAACACUUCAAUUUCUCAUUUCAUUUUAAUUGGAAAUAAAAAUGUGAUUUCAUUUGGUAGUAUUUUGUUUUUAUUUUAUUAUAUUUAUUUUUUUGCUUUAUUUGAUUUCAUUUGGUUUGGGAAUUUGUUCUCACGAGAAGGAUGGAAGCUUCUCUUAUUAGAGUAAAGCUAAGUCUUUAAUUCACAUUCCAUCUCAAUCUGGAAUGAGAAUUCAAAUCCUACUAAUGUCCCAAAACCUUUUUUAGGUAAUCAGAUGUUUGAGAUUAUGCUAGAAUGGAUUAUGAAUUUUUUUCCAAAUUGUGUUUUAGUAAAAUAUUCUUGUUUUGUAUUUCAGUGACAAUUUUUUUCUUGUUGUUGUUUUUGUGCCUUCUCUCUCAACAAGUUUUAGAGAGUUUAGGCAUUUUUAUUCAUGUCAUAUAUAUAUAUUUAUUUAUAUAUAUAUACGUAUAUUAUGUUACUUAUUUUUUAUAGCUUUUGUUUCUUUUCCUUAGUUUAUUUUAGUUUAUCAAGAGAAUUACAUGUUGUAUUUUUUUAAGUUUUCCUAAUAAUAUAUUUUAAUUAUUUUUUUUUACAGUAAUUUCCACUGGAAAAUGAAAAGUCUACGAAGAUCUCCAAGAAAGCACAUACGACCAGGUGCUUUAUGCAAAAUUGUGGCAAAAAGAAGAAAAGCAACAUUGAGGAGUCAAACUGAUUGGGAAGAUACAACCCUUGAAAGUCCUGUUGUAAAGAAAAGGAGUUCUCUACGUAAGUUUUUUGCACCUGCUAAUGUUGUAAUUGAUUCACCACCUGUUAGUACAAGAGCAUCUUCUCGUCGUAUGAUCUAUAAUACAGAGCCAAAUCAAAAUGAUAUUGUGGAAGACGUGGAAAUGUCACAUGGAAGCUCAAGAACUAGAAGAUCCCUUAAUUAUCAAGUAGAGGAGGACGCUGAAAUGAUUUUUAAAGAGGUGGGAAUGGAUGAAUGUGAAAACAUAGCAGAUAAGGAAGUUGAAGAUUUAACUGAGGCAGAAUUUGAAGGAAUAGCUGAGGCAGAAUGUGAAAUGGCUGAGGUGGAACUUGUACAGCCAAGGAAAAUGACUAACACAAGCAAAAAUGUAGCCAUUUCCCCGCUCGCAAGGCAUCAAACGAACCAAGCUCAUAUAAAAUCUAUAAGAUUACAAAAAACAAACGAGGAAAAUCAAAAUGAGAACAAUGGAACACCUGAAGAUGCAAAUGUGAAUAAAAUAAAUUCAGUAAAGAAGACUAGGGGUCGAACUACUUUGGCCAAUCUUACAAAGAGAAACAAUGACUUAAGAAAAAUAAAUUGGAAUGAAAAAGGCCAACCGGUUGGUACUAACUCUGUGCAAUUUUCUUCUUAUGUUGGUGCUCUUGUGAGGGAGGUAGUUCCUUAUACUAUUUCAGAUUGGAGGAAAAUGUCACCAAUCAUGAAAGAUAUUCUUUGGGCAUCUAUUCAGGCACAAUAUGAUUUAUAUGAUGAUUGGCAAAAGAAGAUGUGCUUUGAAAUGAUGGCAUCUCUAUGGAGAUCUGGAAAGUCUAGAUUAGUCAAAGAGCUUAACGAUGCAAAAAAUGAGAGUGAGCGACUAGCCAUGAAGCCAGAUUGCAUAAAAAGUGAUGCUGAAUGGAGAUCAUUUGUUACUCAAAAAACUAGUAAAGAACAUAUGGCUAUAAGGGCCAAAUUUCAAGAGAGAAGAAAGAAAGUUGUUCCACACACCUUAAGUCGAAGAGGUUACGCUCGAACAAUCGAUGAUAUGGUAACAAUUAACAUUUUGAUUGAUUGUAUUUUGUUUUUUAUUUUUAUAUUCCUUGGUUAAACUGUCCAUUGUACUUUGUAGAAGAAAGAUACCAAAGAGGAAAAAGUAUCUAGGAUUGAGGCUUUUCGGAGAGCCCAUACUAAGAAGAAUGGUGAACCAAUUAACCCGACAGCGUCGGAAGUUUUUGUGAGUACUUAUCAAUUAAUUUUUAUAAUUACACUCGUUUUCUAUAAUUGUACUUCAGCCUUACUCAUUCAUAUACAGGGAGAAUUGGAUAACAUUAUACGUGAAGACCCAAACUCUGAAAUUACAGAAAAUAUAGAGGAGGAUGCCUUAACAAAAUUAUUUGGUGACCCAAAAUCCGGUCGUUUAAUCGGACAAGGAAGGGGGAUAACAAGAUCAAAGUUGAAUGUUAUUAAUAUGUCUAAUAACAAGAUCUGUAUGAAGCUCAAAAUGGCAGAAAUGUUGGAUUUACUUAAAGAACACUUGGUAACAAUUUAUUUUUUCACUUAUACAACUCAACAUCUGUAAUUUUCAAAUGAAACAUAUCUUUCUUUUUUAAUUUAGGGUGGUAAAGCAACACCAAGUGAGGGACAAUCCCUUAAUGCUACCCAAUCCAACAAUAAUCCUUCUCCUAACGUAAAUUAUCAAAUUUAUUAUUGGUUAAAGAAUUUUUUUGAAGUUAUGGAUAUGAAAGCUCAUAGAUUAUAUGUAAAAUCAAUUUUUGCAGAGUGUUGGACUAAAAAAGGACCAUAAUUUUACAGAAGCGAUGAAUGCUUGUUACAUGCUUGAUUGGUCAGAUACAAUAGUUGCUGAAGGUCGUUGGAUUUAUAGUGAUCCAAACAUAGAGAUACAUGGACUUCCCCUUGGACCAGAAUUUAUGCGAUUAUGGGUUGAUGUUGCUAUUGUCCCAAGUGCUUAUUUAUUUCGUCCUAACUAUGCGAUGCUUACGAUACAAGAAACUGUUGGUUCCACAGUUGCAUGACCUUCUAAAAAGGUUAUUCCAAGAGGUAUUUAAUUAGUUAUAAUAUGAUUUUAUUUAUUUCUUAAAAAUUAGUAUUUGUUCUAAAUAAGAUUAAUAAUUAGUUUAAUACUUGUUAUAAUAUGUUUUAUGAUAGUAUUUUGAUAAUAUUUCAACUAUCAUGAUGAUAUUGUUUGUUUAAAUAUGUUGUCAUAUAGUAAAAUCUCAAUUUUAUUUAUCAUAUAAUCAUAGUAUAUAUUUUUAUCAUGGAAUACAUGUGUCUUCUUUCUAAGAUUUAAUUUUUCAAUAAAUAUAGAACUAUAGUUGGUGCUUUGAUUUACUCAGAGUGUUAUUUUUUUUUUAGAAUAUUAGACUUGAUUUUGCUGCAUCAAUGCUUGUUAAUUACAUAUUAAUACAUUUUCACAUUUUGUGUUUUCUAGUGGGUUAAAUUUUAUAUUAUGAGUGAUCAGAACACUGUACAAAUAUUUUUCUUUCCUUUCUUUAUCACCUUUUUAUUAUCCAUUAUUGAAAAUUCAAAUAAUGCUUCUUUCUUUGCCUUCAUUACAUAUGUAUUUAAAUUGAUAUAAAAUCUCAUAUGAGAUUGAUUAAUAAUAGUAUUAGCUAUGUAUGAAUGAUUUCACACUUUAAAGCCUAAUUAGUUUUUCUUUUGUUUUACUUUUCAGAUGCUACAAGUGAAAUGCGAAUGGGCAUUUAAUUUUGAAGGCAUUUUGUGGUAGUUGGAAGAACCUUUAGAACUGUUGAAAGCUUAAGACUACUUUCUUGAAUAUUUUGUUGUUCGAUAACUAGUAUUGAAUGGUUUAAGACUUUUAGAUUAUUUAUUAUUUUAUUGAAUAUUUUUUAAAGAUUAAUUAUUUAAUGUUGAAUACAUAUGAUUUUAUGAAUAUUUUAUGAAUCAUAUAAUUAGUACUUAAAUAUAUAUAUUUAUACAAUUUAUAAUGCACUAUAUGUGUUAUUGCUUAAAAGAUCAAAGCUUUCCAAAUGCUAAAAAUAACACAAAAAUGUGUUAUUGCUUAAAAGAUCAAAGCUUUCCAAAUGCUAAAAAUAACACAAAA